UAUAGAAGCUUCAUGAAAGUGGUAAAAUUUUAAUUAUUAGGCAUAGACAGAUAAAUAAUUGUACAUCUAGUUAACAUUUUGGUUUUAUUGUUAUGCUUAUGAGUUUUUUUUUUCUUUUUUUUUUUUUCUGAGGAAAUGUUAUGCUUAUGAGUUACUAUCUAAUAAUAUUUUGCUAUAGAUGAAGAAAUAGGUGAAUACCUUAGAACUACUGUUGAACAAUUAGAAGAAAAACAUCUCAGAGGUCAAACCACUAAAGAAGUUGAAACGGCAUCACAGGUCAAUACCAUUCUAUUUACUUAAGCUACUCACUCCUGAAUACAAUCACCAUGACAAUGUCUUUGAAUCAAACAUCCUUUUUUUUUUGUGCAGAUACAAAUGAAACAAACACCAGAGGCAGAGCAUGAAUUUGUUGAAAAUGUUCCGGAUUUAGAGAUACCAUCAGUAGCAAUAUUACCAACAAAUUCAAAAGUAAUUUGCAGGCCAUAUCAAAUUUCUUCUCCAUAAAACUCAUUCAAUAGUCUACGACUUGGUAAUGAAUGUUAUUAAUACUUUCAUAUCAGUAAUGCAUCUGUUCUUAAUACAGGAGGUGAUGAAUGAAGAAUCAACGAAUCAACAGUGUUUGAUGAACCAACAACAUCCACUUGGAGAAAUUGAUACUACCACCAAACCUUCUCAAGGAAAUAAUUGUGUUGAAGAAGGAACUGCAUUAACAAAUGCCAACACAACAACACCCUUAAUUCAUUUAGAAUUAGUCAGUUCAUCAAAGGAACAAGAUGUUGAUGUUAGAGACUCUUCGGGAACUACCAAGACUAAUGAUGAUGAAGGUAAAGACUCUUUGGAUAAAUUUUAUUUUCUUAUGUUACCUCAUCACCCUUUUGAUUUUUGAAGUUGAACUCUCUCCACUUCCACCUUUUGUUCCGUUUCUCUAAAUGAUGCUGCUGUUGGGAAAGUAGCCUCAACUAUUGAAGAACAGUUUCCUAAGGAUGAUGAAUUUAGAGUU